AUGAAGGCAUUUGGCUGCCCUGGCAAUUCAAAGGCUGAGGACCGAGAGAGAGGGUGGCGAUUGGCCACGCUUGACUUUGUCAUGCGCCACUUCCGGGAGGUUGUGGCCCUUCUGGCCAUCAACCGCAUGUCCCCACGUGCGCUGGCAUUAUGUCUCACACCCUCUCUCUUCGGCUCCACGGACGAUGCCGAGACCAACAGUCAGGUAUGCAUUACCCAACAGCUGCCCACUUUCACGUCUCUCCAUGUAAUCCCCUCUUCCUUUACUGGUCAUUACCUCAUUCUUAUGCUAUUUUAUGUCUGCCACCAUCACCAUCAAUAGGUGCUGGAGCUGCUAAUUGAGCACUGGCCCUGGCUGUCACAGUGUCUGCACCGGGGCAGCCAACCGGUGUCCGUAGAGGGUCUGGGCGAACCGGUAUCCGAUGCCUGUCUCUAUGCUUGCCGGUAAGUCUCCAACCGCCCAUCUCCUCCUUGCCAUUAUAUCAACUUCAUUUAUUCUGACAUUCAUGCUUACUAGGAGACUUGCUUACUUUCUUACUGUGCACUCAGUUACAGUCCAAUUCGUGCAGACAUUUUAGCCAUGCUAUACUUCUGGAGGUUUUUGUCCUUGGCUGCCAUGUUGUUGCCCUGAGGACUGAAAUACGGCCUCCAUGACAGCACAGAUAUUUUUCAUUCUAGUCCAAAGCAUAGGCUACGCCAAUUAAUCUAGAGUGCUGUUCAAUCUAACGGGUACUCAACCAUGGCUCACUGAACACUCUCCCCUUUCUAGAUACCAGCGUCAUUGUUUUCUGCAGUCCCUGUGCCUUCCACCGACUCUCCCACCGUCGCCGCCGCCGCCGCCUUCAGUCGCCGCCUUUUGUGCUGCCGCGUGUACAUAG